UGGUUUGUUUGACUGGUUCUCCUUAGGGCACAGUUUCUAAACAAAUCGGGUUCGACAUUGAGAAUGUCCAUUCAAAACAAACGCAAUGAUCCGUAAACUGACCAGCAGGGAAAUGUCUUCAAUAUCGUCUGCAUUGAGGUGUGUAUUGGAUAAAGUAGAAGCUGCCACUGAAAAGAGGAAGAAGACAGGUGAUGAGUUGAGCAGUUUGCCCACCAGGCUUGUUGCAGUAUCAAAGACAAAGCCCCCUAGCAGUAUUGUGGAGGCCUACAGAAAUGGACAGAGGCACUUCGGGGAAAACUAUGUCAACGAAAUUGCCAAGAAGGCCAUUGACCCUGAGAUUCUAUCAGAGUGCAAAGACAUUCACUGGCAUUUUAUUGGACAUCUACAAAAAAACAAAACUGGCUCCUUAGUCUCCUGUCCCAAUCUUUACAUGGUGGAGACGGUGGAUUCAAACAAAAUUGCAGAAACAUUGAACAAACAAUGGGAGACAAGAAAAAAAGCAGGAAAGCUGAAAGUGAUGAUCCAGAUCAAUACAAGCAUGGAAGAAAACAAAUCGGGAUGUAAGGAGGAAGAUAUGGUGAAUUUGGUCAAAAACAUCCUGGAAAACUGUCCUAAUCUGGAAUUUAUUGGUCUGAUGACUAUUGGGUCCUUCGAUCACGACCUCUCUAAGGGACCUAACCCAGAUUUCUUGAAACUGCUAAAAUGCAGAGAAAGACUGUGUGAAGAAUUGAAGCUAGACAAGAAAAAUGUAGAAAUCAGCAUGGGGAUGUCAGCAGAUUUUGAACAUGCAAUUGAACUGGGAUCUACCAAUGUUCGCGUUGGGUCCACAAUAUUUGGAGCAAGGGAGCCUAAAGCCCCAAACAAAUCUGAUGGAAAUCCAACCCCAUCUGGUGAGGUCAAGGACAGUUCAGGGUCAGGGAACAAAAUGACAGACUCCAAGACUGAUAUACUACAGGAGAAUGCUACCGGUGUGAUAGAACUAAAUAAAGGACUAAGUCAUAUGUCCAUGGCCACUUAAAUAAAACCCAGUCACAAUCCAGGUGCUUCACAAUUCAGCAAUGUACACGAGACUGGCGGAAGUGAAUGGGAUGCAUGUAAUCUCUUAAUCAGUAUCAUGUUGAUACUUGUGUUUUGUGUUGUAAGAAGAAGUGUUUGUGCAAUUGAGAUUGAGAGAAGGACAAAUAUUGAUAAUCCAUUCUCUGUUCUUCCUUAGUGUGUGUUUACUCAUUAUUUAAUUAUAUUUUGAGCAUCUCGAUGAGAAGAAUACUAAACGGGCAUGGUCACGAUUUUGGUAGAAAAAUAUUUUUCCAAUUUUUUAAAAUACAGUACUUCAGUCAGACAUUUUUAAUAGACAACCAAAAUUUGAGUGUCAUUCGUUGAGUUAUAAGCAAGUUACAGCGCUAACAAUUCUUUGCUAUGUAAAAAAAAGAAGCUUUUGUUUACAUUUUGAAUGUUGAAGUGAAAAUUCCAGUUUAACGUUAGGAACUGUUUAUUUAUGCUUAAAAGGAAUAAGAAAAUAGACAAAUUAGCUUAAAAUAGAUUUCUUACUGGUAUAUUGAACCUAUGUAAACAAAAACAGGACACAGCUUUGUUUACAUGACAAAGAAUUAUGAGCUCUGUAUCUUGCUUAUAACUCUACGACUGACUCUUGAAUUUCGUUUGAUCAUUAGAAAUGCAUUCCUUAAUCAUUGUAAAUAACAAAAAACAGAAAUAUAGAAUUUGACCAAAAUCGUGACCAUGCCCCUUUAAGAUAUAUGUAUGAUUUCUGGUAGCUAUUUCACUUCACCAUAUUUGAUAUGGUAUAAAGUUUACAAACUGGGAAUAUCUGUCUGUGAAUCUAGAUACAUGAUAUACAUUUAGUUGUUGUACAACUUACACUAGAAUUUUGUGAUUGUUUCUAGAUUUUAUCUGAGUAUCUUGGUUAGUGUACUUCAUUUAAAAAACUCAUGGAACAAAACAUAUCUUGUCAAAACUUGCUUGAUAUUUAUGCAUACCAGUAGAAACAAAUAAACACUUUUUCUUGGAUGAAAAAAUUAUCAGGUAUUAUCACAUAGUACAUGCAUGGCUUUAUGCAUGUACACAAACCAACAAAAAUUAUAAAGGAAAUGAAAAAGAACUCGAAAGGAAACCUACUGGCAAUUUAAAACUGGCAGUAAUUUUCAAUCAAAAUAAACAAUGAUACAAGAUAGUGACUUAAUAGAGAUGAAAAACUUUAGUUUUAAGUAUUAGUACAUGUAUUUACAGUUGUCUGUAAUGAGUCUUGCAUUUAACUGAUUGUUAUUAUUUACUGAUGAAUUUUAAUAAAAAGUAACUGUGAC